AUGGCGUACGACGAGGUGUCACCACCAAAAAAACGUUGGCAACAACAAAGUUGUUCAUCAAUACCUUCACCAUUAUCAUCAACGUCGUCUUUUACAUUAGAUGCUAAUCAAUGGCGACAACAAAGUAUACUUGUACUUGAUAAUCAGAAUCUUAAUAUAUAUCAUAUGGGUAUAAUUCUCGAUAUAAUCGAUUCUCAUCUUGUAACAGUAUCACUUCGUGAUGAACAAUCAUCAACAAUAACAGUUGAUUUAAAUCGACCUAUUUGUAAUCAUUUACCAUCAAUUAUAAUUGAUAAUAUUCCAGCAUGUCAGGAUCUUAUUGCUGGUACAGAGGUAUGUGUUCGACAAAUAGGAAAUAGUAAAACAAAUCAAUUUCAAUGUGGUCGUAUACAAUCUAAACAUUCAAAACGUUUAGAAUUUUCAAUAGAUUUAAAAGAUACGAAUAAUAAUAAUCGCAAUGAAAUAUAUCAAGAUGAAAAUGAUGAUGGAAAUAAAUGGUUUACAAGACAAAAUAUUCGUUUAUUAGUUGAACCAUGGCAUGAAGAAUUACGUCUGUAUCGUGAAAAUUUAUCUGCUUCAACUGUAUUUCGACCAAUAUCACUUAAAGUGUCUACUGAUAAUGAUAAUAUAGACGAACAACAACAACAGCCACCACCACAACAGACAGCAUUUCCAACACCACCAAUCGAACAUAAAGAUGAUGAUGAUGAUGAAGAUGUCGAAAGAGAAUUACAAAAAGACCAACAAACAAAUAAUAAAUUUCAAGGAAUAAAAAAAGGAGAUAUAUUUACAAUGGGUAAUACGGGUAUACGUAAAAAAUUCAAUGGAAAACAAUGGCGUCGUUUAUGUGGUAUGGAUCAAUGUCAAAAAGAAUCCCAACGACAUGGGUAUUGUUCAAAACAUUUAUCACAAAUGCGUGAACCACAUGCUUAUCAACAUGUACAACGAUUUGUUGGUUCAAUGGGAAGUUUUCCUCCAGUUAAUCCAAUUCCAUUUCUUGCAGAAUUGUAUCAAAGUGGUCUUGAUUAUCCUGGUCUACCACCACAUAUGUCAGCAUUCUAUCAUCCAAUGAUGCAAGUAGCACCUAAUGUAUUAAAUACAAUGCCGACACUUCGAUCAUUUUCCACACCAUCACCAUCAUCGACAUCAACAUCAUUACUAGUCAAUUCAAAUCAAUCACCUAGCGCUUUUGUACCACAUAUACCCAUUGUUCGACAGUAUUCUGCUAAUAUAACUCCACCACCAUCAUCGUCAUCAUCAACACCAGUAUUAUCAAAUAAUACAAAUUCAUCUACUCGUCGAUCGAGUGAAGAUGAUGAUUCAGAAGUUGAUAUUGAAACUUUGCCACCACCACCAUCAUCAUCAUCGUCCACUAAUAAACGAUUUCGUUGCGAUAAUAAUGAAAACGACAAAUACAAUAAUACAAACAAAUAA